AGACAGAGAAUUCCCGUUCUAGAAGUAGUUAGUACUUUUCGUAUGAGACCCGCAGUGAAUCGUGCCGCGCGGCUUUUUCAAGUGAAAAGGCCAGCUAAAAUCGUCGUUGUCGUCGUCAGAGAACUUGGAUUAUAAACGAUGUGAAAUUGCUUGCUUAAGAUACAAGUUAUUUAGGCAGUUGACGCGAUGCUAGCAGUGAGGAGUUUGAAUAAGUUUUCGCAGAGUAGCACGUUCUUUUUCCAUAAACUCAUUCCGGUAAUGGCAAAUUUGGAGGAACCACAAGGUGUUACCAAACCCUCAAGCAUUGGAGCUGAUACACUCAAGAGGUGCGAGGACAUAGGAGAAGCAUCCUUAUGGAGAAAACAAAAAAGGAUCACGUUUCAAGGAGAUACCGUAAAUGGGGCACUUGCAAGCCGGGGUUGGAAUUAUCAGUCACUUGGUAAUGCUCGCGAUGCUUGGUGUUUGGUAAAUCGUCAUUAUAGCUCCCAUUGCAAUGAUAAGUGCACAGGGGAGCUUUCUAAUAAGUUUCUUAGAAGUAUUCCAGAAUAUAUAAAUAUAGUGGAAGUUGGUCCUAGGGAUGGACUGCAAAAUGAGAAGCAAAUCGUGCCUACUUCUGUAAAGGUCGAGUUGAUAAAAAUGCUAGUUUCCUCAGGGUUGCCCAUUGUUGAGGCCACGAGUUUUGUUUCACCGAAAUGGGUACCACAGCUAGCAGAUGCCAAGGAUGUAAUGGAAGCAAUUCAGAAUGUUGAAGGGGCUAGAUUUCCUGUCUUAACUCCUAAUGUUAAAGGUUUUGAAGCAGCUGUUGCAGCUGGAGCCAAGGAAGUGGCCGUCUUUGCUGCAGCAUCUGAAUCUUUUUCAAAAUCCAAUAUCAACUGUAGCAUCGAAGAGAGUCUUACUCGUUACCGCGAUGUUGCCCUCGCUGCUGGCAAGCUCUCAUUUCCUGUUCGUGGAUAUAUAUCAUGUGUUGUGGGGUGUCCAAUGGAAGGAAUGGUAGCUCCAGCUAAAGUAGCAUAUGUGGCUAGAGAACUUUAUGAUAUGGGUUGCUCUGAAAUAGCACUUGGUGAUACAAUCGGUGUUGGUACCCCAGGUACUGUCAUUCCAAUGCUUGAAGCUGUUAUGGGUUUUGUCCCAGUUGAUAAACUUGCUGUCCACUUUCAUGACACUUAUGGCCAAGCUCUGUCAAAUAUACUCGUAUCCCUCCAGAUGGGAAUCAGCACAGUCGAUUCAUCAGUUUCUGGUCUUGGGGGCUGCCCAUAUGCCAAGGGUGCAUCUGGAAAUGUUGCAACUGAGGAUGUUGUGUACAUGCUAGAUGGGCUUGGUGUGAAGACAAAUGUGAAUCUUGGUAAGCUCAUGUUGGCUGGGGAAUUUAUCUCUAAGCAUCUGGGACGCCCAUCUGGCUCAAAGGCCGCAAUUGCCUUGAGUAAAGUCACAGCUCGCGCCUCCAAGCUAUGAGGUACUAGCUCUAGACCAAUUUACACCUGCAUCUUCCCAUUCUUUAGACAAGUCUCUGAGCACGCAUCCUACUCUUUUAUAAAUGAAGUGUGCAAUACUUACAUAGCUCAUGACUGUAUUUAGUAUUACUAAAAAAAAAAAUACUAAAAAAAAGAUACAAAAAAAAAAAAAGAAAAGAAAAUCAGUGUGGAGAAGUGCAUAUUCAAGCACGAAAAGCUUGUAAUAAUCAGCUCAACUCAAAGAUGUUCAAAAUUUCAAGCACGAAAUAAGUGUACUGGAGCUUUUUACUCCAAAAUGUGACUGUGGGUGUUGACCAGCCCCAUGUAUUAUAUUGUUAUGGGUACCAUACAAAAAAAAAUUCUUGUCGCAA